AUGCAGGCUGCAACUAAUACACAUAGCACACAAAUUUUAACUCAAAAAAUAAAACUUGAAAAUGAGAUAAAGCCUCAUAUUUCGGUCAAAGACAGAAUUUCUAAUAUCUUCCCCAAACAAAAAGUACAUGCAGUUUCCGUUUACUAUGAUAAUUCUGCAAGUUCUAAACAAUCAGUUCUUGAACGCCCUUACUGUUUUAAUGGGUUCGCUGCUGCAAUAUUUCAUGCCUAUAAUCACCAUCAACAUUUACGUUUGAGCCCUGAUGAUAUUUGGCUUACAAUUUCUCAAGGUGUUAGUCGUCACAUUAAUUAUAAUGCUGAGAAGUUUCGUAAUAGAUUUGUUCAACAUGAAGGAAAAGAAGAUAUUGUCGUCAAUGUUGAUGAUAUUUUGGGUGUAAAUCAUGAGAAUAUUCUUGAAGGUAACUGGCCAGAAGCCAUAAAUAGACUUGUUACAGUAACUAAUAAACGUGUGGAAAAAAUUGACCUUUCUCAAUUAUUGGAAUGUGAUUUCUCAACCACAACUCCAAGCUCCUUAACUGCAAGUCGUAUCGUGUUGUUAGAUAUGGUUAAAGCUUACUUUAAUUAUAGAAUGGUUUUUGGCUGUGGAAUUCCAAAAGUUACACUUGAAGGUACACUCGAAGAUUGGACAAAACUUCAAGAAAAAGUCAUUAAAUUAAGAAACUUAAAUUUAGAAUUAGAUUUUUGGCUAGAUCGACUUGAACCUGUAAUUUCGAAAUUAGUUGAUACUUAUCGUGGUGAGGUUGAUGAAGACUUUUGGGGUAGGGUUAUUAGCAUGCAAAUAUAUGGUUCUGGAGGAGAAACUAAUAUUACAGGAUGGAUUGCAGGCUUCUUCCCUUAUGAUCGUGCAGGAAAUGCUUUGCAUUCAAAUUUUAUAGAUAAGUAUGAUUUUCCAGAUGGCAUAGUAGGAGUUCCAUUUACUACUAAUGCUACUCCUCCGUUGAAAUUCGUAGCAGGAUUUAUUGGAACUAGUCAGGAAAUUCUUGAAAAUUUUGGUGGCGAAUCUGUCGUGUCUCCUGUGAUUGGAUGGGCCGUUAUUGAUGAUAAGGAUUAA